AUGGGCAGCGGGGGGACCUGGUUAGGCAUCAACGUUCGCUCAGGUCGUCUGGCCUUCCUCACGAAUCUCCGUAGCCUGGAUCCGAUUGAACCCACCAGUCAUAACAGCUCAGCCUCCUGUGCCAGCCGCGGCGAGCUUGUGACCAACUUCCUGACCGGAAGCGCAUCGCCACAGGAGUACAUGCAGUCAGUGCCCGGCGACCACUACCAGGGCUUCAAUCUCGUAGUUGGACACCUCCUCACCGGGGGGGACUCGCAGGUCGGCGCGUUCGCCUACAUCAACAACAGCCCCGAUAGCGGCGUAGCAACCAGCAGCAGUGGCGGCGGCGGCGGCAGUAGCAGCUGUGGUGCGGUCGCGGCCCCGGCGGUGGAGCUUUUGGAGCCUGGGCGGAUUUACGGCUUGAGCAACGGGCGGCUGAUGGAGUGGCCUAAAGUGACAUCUGGUAUCCGGGCGCUGCAGGAGCUGCUGCCGAGAGUGACCCAAGGUGAGCCCGUACCGUACGACCGCAUCUUUGGGGAGCUCCUCGGAGACAGCAAGCGGUUGGUGCCGCUGAAGACAUCUGCGACCGGAACCGGGCCGGCCAGCGGCAGUGAUGAGAACGCGGCAGGGGCGGCUGCCGAUAUCCCGACAGGGCGACAGCAUGCAGGAGAUGACGCCGUCGAGCACUUGACGACAACCGCUCGAGCACGCGGUAAUGAGUCCGUCCCUCAAGACAAGGGUGAGGAGGCAAAAAGAACCGGAGCGGCGGUGGCAGCGGCGAACCCUGCGUGUGGGCGCGGCGACAGCGACAGCGCCGCUUCCAUCGAGACGUACGACCUGGAUGGGAUGCGGGAGGGGCUUGAGCACAUCACCAGCGGGCGGUUCGUGGCCGCCGUACAGUCGCCGUGGGGUUUGUACGGCACCCGCAGCCAGACGGUCAUAGUGGUGUGGCAUGACGGCAGCUCGGAGGUUCGGGAGCGGCACCGCCGUGACGACGGCACCUGGGGCGAGGAGGUGGUUCUGUUCAGCUGCUGUACCAUCCUACUUGUCAAGAACUGA